CCUUCAUUGCCUUGUACACUAUAUAUAGAAAACACAUUCACACACAUUCAAGAGAAUAUAGGCGUUAACAAUAACAUGGAUCAAAAGCUUGUCUCAAGCUGGUUCCAUCUUCAUUCCUCAGUGCCCUUAUCCUACGUGCAACCACCGGAAAGUAGACCAGGCAUGGUUGAAGCUUCCAGCAAGAGAAAAAUCCCGGUGGUGGAUCUUGGGCUACAUGAUCGUGCUGAAACCUUGAAACAGAUUUUGAAAGCCUCCGAGGAGUUUGGAUUUUUCCAGGUUAUCAACCAUGGAGUUUCCAAGGAAUUAAUGGAUGAAACACUGGAUAUUUUCAAGGAAUUUCAUGCCAUGCCUGCUGAAGAAAAGAUAAGGGAAAGCUCCCGGGACCCAAAUGGAAGUUGCAGGCUUUAUACAAGCCGCGAGAUUAACGACAAAGAUGUCGUUCAGUUUUGGAGGGACACAUUAAGACACAUCUGUCCACCUUCAGGAGAAUUCAUGGAAUUUUUGCCUCAAAAACCUGCAAAAUAUCAUGAAGUUGUUGCGAAAUACGCACAAGAAAUGAGAACACUAGGACUCAAAAUUUUGGAGCUGUUAUGUGAAGGAUUAGGACUUGACCAAAAUUACUGUUGUGGUGAACUUAGUGAUAGUCCAUUAUUGCUAGCUCAUCACUACCCGCCUUGCCCAGAACCAACUUUAACUUUGGGAGCUCCCAAGCACCGAGAUCCUAACCUUGCAACCAUUCUGCUUCAAGAAAAUGAUAUAAAUGCACUUCAAGUCUUCAAGGAUGGGGAAUGGAUUGUUGUUGAACCAAUUCCUUAUGCUUUUGUGGUGAACAUUGGGCUUAUGUUGCAGAUCAUUAGCAAUGGAAGGUUGGUUGGUGCUGAACACCGUGUUGUCACAAAUUCAGGCAUUGGGAGGACCACUGUUGCAUAUUUCAUCCGUCCAACAAAUAAACAGAUUAUAGAACCUGCAAAGCCUUUGUUAAGUUCUGGUGCUCGCCCAAUCUACGGGUCCAUUACAUAUGAAGAGUUCUUGAGAAAUUUCUUGAGCAAGGGUCCUGAAAUUGAACAAGAAUUGCUCUUAAAACCUUCGUAGGAAAGUGCACUUUAUAGACACGUUAAUGCAUGCCCCUCUCAAAUUUCAUACAAAUUUAUACAUAUCUUGUUUGCACGUGAAUAAUCUUCGGUGGCUUAUCUAAAGAAUUCAAUAUGUUUGUCACCUUAGGAAGUAUUAUUUGUGAUGUAAUUUUUGUACUUUUAAACGCUACGGGGUAUGUUGUGUAGCCAGUAUAUGUACCCAUCCUAUCGUUGAAAAGUUAAUUGCAAUUUAGAAAUUUUAUUUAUUAAUAA